AUUCAUUGACCUCAUUAUCUUCUGCCACCUCUUCCACCUCACUCCCCCCCAUGUUCAAGUGCUACCUUCCUUCCACCACCUUCCUCCGGCUUUAGCUGUUGAGGGCACAAAAAAGCAGCAAAAGCUGUUCGUUUCCAGAGACAAAAGCCAGGACCCAUCCUCAUUUCCCUCACCUCCUCCUCUCCAUCCCUUAACCUAGUGGCGUUGUAGCUCUGCAAGCGAUCUAUUGCUUUCUUCCGCGGCUUCUGUGCCCAGAGCAAGUGCGUCUUUGUGUCCUCCGUCGAUUUCCCGGUUAAGAUCUCUCCUUUUCCUCAUUUUCAAUCUUCCAAGCCGGAAAAAAUACGUCUUCUUUGAGAUCGAGGUGCUCAAUCUGAUCUUUUUGGUUGAAGAUCGAAGCGGAAGUACAGGGAUUUCCGUCGAAGAUGAAAAGCCUUCACCUUGGAGUCAUUUACCUCCUCUCAAUCCUUCCCCUGCUCGCCGAAUCCGGGGCUACCACCUUGAACGACGACGUCCUUGGUCUGAUCGUCUUCAAGGCCGGCGUCGAGGACCCCCGGUCGAAGCUGGCGUCUUGGAACGAGGACGACGUGGACCCUUGCAACUGGGCCGGCGUCAGAUGCGACGCCAAGUCGAACCGCGUCACCGAGCUCGCUCUGGAUGGCUUCGCCCUCUCCGGAAAGCUCGGCCGCGGCCUCCUCUGGCUUCAGUUCCUCGAGACGCUGUCCCUCUCCAUGAACAACUUCUCAGGUAGCCUCAGCCCUGACCUCCUCCGCCUCGAGAGCCUUCGAACGCUGGAUCUUAGCGCGAAUCACCUCUCCGGCACCAUCCCGGAUGGGUUCUUUGGGCAAUGUAGGUCCAUUCGAGACAUCUCCUUGGCAAAAAAUUCCAUCUCGGGGAAGAUUCCUCCGGAUGUUGGCUCUUGCUCCACCCUCGUGUCGCUGAACCUCUCGUCGAACCAGCUAUCUGGCUCUUUGCCAAGUGAAAUAUGGUCUUUGAACGCCUUGAGAUCGCUCGACCUCUCUGAUAAUUCUCUUGUUGGCGAGAUACCGCUUGGAAUUAGCAGGAUGUUCAAUCUGAGGAUGAUCAGCUUGAGGCGAAACCGACUCACUGGCCAGUUGCCGAACGAUACCGGAAAUUGCAUGCUGUUGAAGUCUCUUGAUGUCGGAGAAAACCAGCUGUCCGGAGACCUCCCAUACUCCAUGAGGAAUCUUUCAACAUGUACCUAUCUUAGCUUGAGCUCAAAUUCCUUCUCUGGGGAACUUCCGGCAUGGAUUGGAGAGAUGAACGGUCUCGAGACUCUGGAUUUGUCGGGGAAUAAGUUCUCCGGUGGCUUUCCGAGUUCAUUAAGCAAUCUACAACUCUUGAAAGUGUUGAAGCUUUCUGAUAACAGUUUCUCCGGCGGCCUGCCAGAUUCACUGGCUGCUUGCAGGAGCUUGCUGGAUGUGGAUCUUAGUCGGAACACGUUGACAGGGAACCUUCCCUCAUGGGUUUUUGAAUCAGGUUUCACACAAAUUUUGCUAUCAGGGAACAAAUUUAGUGGACCGAUUGUCAUCCCCUCGGUCACUGAUUCGACUAUCCAAGUGCUGGAUUUAUCGGGCAAUGCCUUCUCUGGCAAAUUUCCAAAUGAAGUUUCAAACCUUAGAAGCUUAGAAUUCUUGAAUCUUUCGUUCGACUCGCUAUCAGGCCCCAUUCCCGCAAGUGUAGGCGAGAUGAAGUCUUUGCAAGUUCUGGAUGUUAGUGGGAACCGGCUGAGUGGGAGUAUUCCAUUAGAGGUUGGCCUAGCAGCAUCCCUCAGAGAGAUGAGGCUGGAGAAGAACUCUCUCACCGCAGAAAUUCCGAUUCAGAUAGGAAGUUGCUCUUCGCUCGCAUACCUGGAUCUUUCACAGAACAACCUUACUGGUCCAAUUCCUGAAACAUUAGCUAAUCUCACCAAUCUCCAAGUUGUUGAUUUCUCCCGCAACCAGCUCUCAGGAACCAUCCCUAAGCAGCUCGCUGACCUCCCCCACCUCCUUUCCUUCAACAUCUCCCACAACCAACUCUCUGGAGACCUCCCCGCGGGAAGCUUCUUCAACAAAAUACCUCCUUCCUCAGUAACAGACAACCCUGGUCUUUGCGGAUCUGUUGUCAACCUCUCUUGCCCUGGAGUCCUCCCAAAACCCAUUGUACUUAAUCCCAACUCCUCGUCAGGUGAUUCAUCAUCAAACCCCGUGCUCUCGCCCAGCAACCUCGGCCACAAGAAGAUAAUUUUAAGCAUCUCUGCUCUCAUUGCCAUUGGAGCUGCUGCUGUGAUUGCUCUAGGUGUCAUUACAAUUACUGUCCUAAACCUCCGUGUCCGUUCCUCUACCUCCAAUUCUGCUGCAGGAUUGGCAUUAUCAGAUGGAUACCUUAGCCAUUCUCCAGCUACUGAUGCUAACUCUGGCAAGCUUGUCAUGUUCGCUGGUGGUGACCCUGAGUUCAGUGCCGGUGCCCACGCUGUCCUUAACAAGGAUUGUGAAUUGGGUCGCGGCGGUUUUGGUGCAGUCUACAAGACAGUUCUCAGAGAUGGUCGAUCUGUGGCAAUAAAGAAGCUUACAGUUUCAAGCUUGGUGAAGUCGCAAGACGAUUUUGAGAAGGAGGUCAAAAGGCUGGGAAAAGUGCAACAUCCCAAUCUUGUGGCCCUGGAAGGCUAUUACUGGACUCCUUCUCUCCAACUUCUUAUCUAUGAGUUUGUGCCUGGUGGUAGCCUAUACAAUCACCUCCAUGAGUGCUCUGCCUCCGACACCCUCUCAUGGCAAGAGCGUUUUGAUAUAAUUCUUGGUAUUGCAAAAAGCUUAGCACAUCUCCAUCAUCUUAAGAUAAUCCACUACAACAUUAAAUCAAGUAAUGUUCUCCUUGAUGGAUCCGGUGAGGCCAAGGUGGGGGACUAUGGGCUGGCAAAGCUGCUACCAAUGCUGGAUAGGUACGUGCUUAGUAGCAAGAUACAGAGUGCCCUUGGGUACAUGGCACCAGAAUUUGCAUGUCGAACAGUGAAGAUCACAGAGAAAUGUGAUGUGUAUGGAUUUGGAGUUCUGGUCCUUGAGAUUUUGACUGGCAAGAGGCCAGUGGAAUACAUGGAGGAUGAUGUGGUGCUGCUGUGUGAUAUGGUGAGGGAGGCACUAGAGGAAGGGAGGGUGGAGGAAUGCAUGGAUGGGAGACUUUGCGGGAAGUUCCCUCUAGAGGAGACUAUUCCGGUGAUCAAAUUGGGUUUGAUAUGUACUUCCCAGGUACCGUCUAACAGGCCAGACAUGGCUGAGGUCGUGAACAUACUGGAGUUGAUCAGAUGCCCUCAGGAUGGCCGGCAAGAGGAAUUUUGUUGAACAUCUGGGCUUAAAUCUCUUUUUUCACCGUAAGAGUCUGUGACAUAAUCAGUUGGCAUAUGAAGACAUGGCAUAAUGACAGCAUGGAUGUUGACUCUGUCUGCUUUGCUUGAAAUGAGAAGAACAGAAGGUCUAGAAUCUGAUGAGCAAGAAAUCCUUAUGAAAUUUUUGUCGUUAGAAUUCUGCAAAUGGAGGAGGUUUUCCUUUUCUUCUUACUAUUUUUCAUGUGCGUCUGGAAUUAGGAUUUCCUUUCACCAGGUUCUUAAAUUGUGAAACCCUUCUGAAGAUACAUAUUAUUGCAUACUACUUUGAUGUCUUUUUGUUCACUGCUAAGCAUGGUAUCAAAGAAGCUGGCAGGG